AUGGGUUGUCCGUCUUCCAAAGGAUGUAUUGCUUAUAAUGUGAAGGUCUCUGCCGAUGGAACGGUGAAACUAACAGUCCCACCCGAAGCUAGCAGCGAACUGUACGGCCAUGCAACGGGGAGAUCGGCCGGUAGCAAGCAUGCAGCAGCGGCCUACCCGAGCCCGAGAUCGUCGUGGAGUAACACGUCGCCACGCCCACCUGGACACCCUGCAGGCAGAUGGGAGUGUCUGCCUGGUUAUGCUGAGGCCGGGAGGGUUGGCUGGGUUGCUAGGGAUCAUUGUCCAGAGUACCACGACAACUUCCCAUCACGACACAGUCCCUACCCGUGGACCCGAACCUCUGACCCUACCAUUCAGCAUUGCUUCCAACUCCAACCAACUCUGCCACCUUCGCACCCCACCCUUCCACGGUCCUUCCACCAGGCUGCAUCAGCCUCGUCGAUUCGAUCGACCUUAGUGCAGGACAACGGACAGGACGUCAAGUCCAAUAUCGGUGGCAGCGGUGGGAUAGUGGGGAGUAUAUCGGGGAACCACAAGCGCAAGAGGUCUUGGUCAAGAGCAGUCUUCACAAGUCUGCAGAGGAAGGGCUUAGAGAAGCGCUUUGAGAUCCAGAAGUACGUCAAUAAACCAGAGAGAAGGCAACUUGCGUCUGCAUUGGGCCUCUCAGAUGCACAGGUGAAAGUAUGGUUCCAAAAUCGCCGUAUGAAGUGGCGUCACACUCAGCAAUUCAAUCGGCCACACGACAUACCGGAAGGGCACACAGAAGACAUACAAACGCAACCACUAGAAAUGGUUCACCACAUAAAUCCAGAAAGUGAUGAUUCGAACAACAAUGACAUCGAGACAGAGGAUCAAAUGCGAGAAUCGAGAAAGGUGGAGUUCGGAGAUAGCAGCUUUGCUGAUUGCAAUAGCAGUGAUGAAGACAUUUAACAAUGAAAAAUAUAUUGGCAAACAUCGGUUCUGUCCAGUCAAAUUUGUGCAUAAUAAUUAUCAACGACAUUUGCACCAAACAGACUUUGGCAUAUUUUCCAAUUUUUUCCCCGCGAACGAAUAAGAAGGUAUGAACAAUGAGGGUGUUCGUAAAUGAAUUUAUGUCUCUCAAAAAUCGAAAAAUCAACUCAAGGGCAACUCCAAUGCCAUAUUGUAUAUUCUGUAGAAAUCAAGUUCGGAUUACGUAAUACGUUAUUGUACUGUUCGUCCAUUUCUAAAGGUGAUGGACAAGAAUAUUACAAUUGCCUUAGUAGUUGCGAUC